AUGGAUACAUUCCAAGACUUGUCAAGCCUGGCGCUUGAGUUCCAAGUUGAAUCAACAAUCAAAUCUCCCGGCGAGCCUGAGGUUAUCAGAAAGCGAGAUCAGUUCAAAAAUGCCUGGCAAGAGUUAGCGGAUAUGACACUAGAUGUCGAAGACGAGACUGACAAUAACAAUCCCCAACAAUCUCAAGGUCCUACAGAAUUUCACACGAAAUUCCACCUCUUCCCUAAGCUCCCAUUGGAAAUUAGACGAAUGAUCUGGGGACUCACUGUAACUCCGCGUGUGAUUGCAUCCAAGAAUUGUUUAUUGCCUAUGGAAGAGGCAAACUACGCGAAUGAUGGGGAUCCACUGCCGUUGAUUCCAAGAGCUCUUUGCCCUCUCAACAUUGUACCUUACAGUGGUAUGCCCGCUGCAUUUUGGGCUUGCUUUGAAAGUAGGAACGCAAUCGCUGCAUAUUAUCACAACAUUGCUGUUGUGCCCAAGGAAAUUGAAUUCAAGCACGGAAAUUUGCCAAUAGGAACACUUGAAAAGUAUCGCCCUGCAAAAUUCUCAGACUUUUAUCGUAUAGAUAAACAGACCCGUGAAUUCGAAAGCAUUCGCGAAGAAACUUUUUCAUUUCCUUUGCAGCCAUCCGUUCCUUUCAAUCCAGAUAUAGAUAUCUUCAAUUUUGACAUCCUCGGGUUUGAUGUAGACGUGGUAAAUUAUCACCUAGCGGAAGCUAACCUUCUUUACUUCCAAAUUCCACUGCCUGCAGAUUGGAAGCCUUGGCGUCACGUAGAUGAGGAGAUGGCAAGCUGGUUGAUCCAUCCUUGGGCUGUCAAAAGAGUUCAAAUCACACCAGAAUCACAAUUUUGGUCGAUUUCCAAGCACGACUUUACCAAUGGCUUAGUUCUUCCAAUGGAACCUGUGAUUUUUUCAAAUUUCAUCUUCCAAGAUCUUGAUGAAUUCAUUCUUCAAGAUGCCGACUGUCUACUUUACCACAAGUUUGACUUGCCCAUAAAUCGAAACCAUUGGGGUAGAUAUCUUAUGAGGAUGUUCAGAGUUGAGGCCUCCCAUAAUGAAUUUGCAGCCAUGAGAGCAGGCUCCAAAUUCAAGAUACCAAAAGUCACGAUUCUGCCUGGUGCCAAAAUUUCAAAAAGAUGUAAGCAUUGCAUUGAGAAACAGAGACUCGCCCGGGAAAUUUUCGUAAACAUAAAAGACUACAAGUAUCGGCAAAAACAGAGGAAUCUCAGAAUGGUUGAGAAAUUUGGCAAAGACAAGGCUUUGUGGGUCUACUCUCGACGCUACUGGUAA